AUGAUCAACAUGACUGAGAAUGGCCGCUUCUUGGGCCCGGCCUGGUGGAUCCUCCAGGUCCUCCGCGUCUGCAACAUCAUCGCCCUGCUCAGCGUCGCAGUCGCGAGUGUUGUCCUGGUCAUCAAGACCGACGUCAAGAACAGCUUCUUCUUCUUCGAGGCCUUCUCCCACCUCGUCACUGCCGGUGUUGCGCUCAUGCUCAUCGUCUCUGAGCUUCCUCAGCCGCGCGUCAUCAGGGACUUCUUCCGCAGCAACUGGCCCACCUUCUCUACCGUCGACGCCUGCAACAGGGGUCACUCGCUGGCCUGGCUCGGUGUGUGGAUGAUCUCCAUGGGCACCUGGGUCAUGGGCUCUCUGCACGGCGACAACCUGGUCGAGAAGCUGUCCCUGCCGCUCUGGAGGCUGACCCUGGGCGCUGGUAUCCUCGCUCUCGUCUUCGGCUUCUUCAACUUCAUCGUCUCGGUGCUCUUCCGCAACGGGACCCACGGCAUCACCGCGCGCAUGGUCCGCGAGCACGGCGCCAACGUCUACAACGUCCGCACGACCAUGAUGCCGCCCGACUACGACCUGGACGCCUCGACCCUGAACGGCAGCGCCCGCUCCAACUCGGUCCGCAAGGAGAAGCACCACGCCAACGCCGGCAACCGUUUCACCUACAACUUUUCACAAGGCUUCCAGAACAACCGAAUCACCCGCAUGUUCGGCAAGGACAAGAAGCCCCAGAUCAGCGCGCCCAUCAGCGCGCCCGUCAUGGCCGAGAGGGACAUCGAGGCCCAGUACCCCGACCACCAUGACCACCACAACCACCAGGAGAACGUGGUCAUCCGGCCCGUGAGCCCUGUGAGCCCCGGCCCCACCCGGGAGUCGUGGGAAGCCAGCGACCGGGCCAGCCCCAUCGCGCCGAACGUCCAGCGCCCGCCGACCGCUCUGCAUCCCGCCUAUACCGGCAAGGCUCGCACGUACCGAUCAAGCAUUUACUCCACGGCGAGCUAUCUCACGCGGUUUUAA